ACACUUCCAAGUUUACUACAUUUGUUGGUUACCUCAGGCUGCUCUACUAUGACUAUAAGUAUACACUAAGAUGAGACCGGGAGUUUGGAUAAAUGUUCAGAGCUGUCGUUUGUGACACAUACACAUUAUUGUACCUAACUGUGACGACAGUUGAAUAGCACCUACAAUCUACAUGGUGGUAAAGAGGACUGUGGUUACGAAAACAGAGCCCACGUGACAACCCACCUACUUCAUUCUCCGCGGGAUGCACAUGAUGAUGGAGAGCUCAGUACCCGCACAGACUACAGAGUUCCACAACGCAGACAUGAUGGACUCAACUGUUACCUCGGAGUGUGGAAUACAGGCUGCUUCCGAUACUGUUUGUAGAGGAGCGCAAGUGACUCCCCUGACUAGAGAUGCAGGGUGCCAGUAUGAGGACGCACCCGUUCCCAUGACCUCAGCCAGGACCCCACUGAUAACACCCCACAUUAUCAGACCGUCUCCAAUAAAGCAGAGAGCUGGCAGUACGUCACCUCCUUCUUCGCAGGCUGACCAGGCUGCUUUCAUGGCAGCAAAGGCUCUUCAGCAGCUCCGCCAGAGCCCUACCAGGUGCAGCGCUGUACUGCCCUCUCCUGAGUCCAUUCUCCAGACCCAGAUAAAAGCUCUCCAGUCUCAGUCUUUACACGAGAAUGUCAUCAACAAGGAUCAACCCAACGGUGAACUACUUCGUGGACUAGGUGAAGGUAACGAUUCUCUGAUGUCCCUGUUCCAGCCGGGACUCAUGAACUCUCUACCACUCACGUCGUACGCCUUAUUGCUUGACAUGAUCAAUCGUCAGAGUCUCAACUCGGCUACCAACGCUUCACUUCUCAACCAUAUCAAUCAGCAACUGGCGAACAAGCAGGCAGGUCGAGGACACAAUAUUGUGAGCUCUAACAGCGUCCUGAAACCAACCCCAACUCUGCUCACCUCCGGUGGACUGUGUACUGGUGGACUUGUCAGCACCAGUCUCAACACCAGUGCUUUGAACUCGAGUUCUUUGAACUCUAAUGGCUUGAGGAACAGUGGAAUGUUGACUCCCACCACUCUUCCGUCUCCUCUGCUAGCAACCUCCUCACCCUCUGCUACUUUCCCUCACGUUGGAGGUUUUCUGAACGGAAUGAACUAUAUAAGAAGUGGAUCAAGUCCCCCAGUUAACAUCCCGACUAUGCUGAGACAUUCCAACGGCAAGCGAGGUUUGACAGAUUCCUCAGUCAACAGAGAAGUUGACAUUGAGAGUUUGGUGGACAGUGUGAUAGAUGAACACAUGAACAACAAGCCUGACUCUAACUCCAACAACCUGAACGAACACCUAAUGGGAACGAAGAAUUGUCUGUAUAAUAGAUCUGAGCUGAUGAACGAUUACGAGAUGACACCUCCGUUCAAGAGGAGGAGGAGGACAGUGUUUACAGAGAAGCAACUUCAGGGCCUCGAGGAAGCAUACGGCAAAUCCCAGUACCUGGACAGAGAAUCCCGACUGGAACUGUGCAAGAAGUUGUCUCUGAGUCUCCACACUGUGGUCUACUGGUUCCAAAACAAACGAGCCAUCAGCCGGAGACGAGGACAACCUAUGGAGAACAACGGAGCUAACAGCAACAGCUCCUCCAUUGAGAACAUUCACGCGUACACCUCUGAUAACGUGAAGAGCUUCAAGACUUCUCCUUCUUUCAAACGCUCUCCUCCCCACUCCCCCAUACAAUUUGGCCACUACACAGCGACCAGUUCCCCAAUAAAGGUUGGCUCCAGACCCAGAGUGAGUCCCACUCUCCCCUCCCUCCUCUCCUCACCCCCAGCUCCCGGUCUCAUGAGCUCACCUCCCUCGUCUGUCAUGUCAGCUACCCUGACUUCUGCUAUCUCUCAGAACGUCAUGAGCAUGAACCAAAUGGUUGGAGCUACUAUUUGAGCUGCUGUUUGAACUGUUCCCUGUAGUAGGGAUGUUGAAGUGACUCUGAGAGUCCUGGAGAUAUUGAGGCGGGUCGAGAAGAAGAUAAGAAAGUAAAAGCGUUCUAUGUUUUAAUGUUAACUUAAUUAGUUCAUCUUUGUAAAAAUUCUUUCUGAAUGUAAAACGAAGAGCAUUAUAUCAAUAUGUCCAAACAGCUCAUGACUUUGGUUUAUAAUUGUUGAUUAACAUCUGUUUCGACUUAUAGUUAUAGGAUCAUAAUGUAAAUGUUUGAAUCUAGUGCUAACUUUUGACUACUAUCUAACGAUUUAAAGAAUUUGCUAUUCAUUACAUUUGGUUUAAUUAAUUACUCAGGCAAUUUGUUUGCACUAUAAUCAGUUUUCUGACCUUGAAUUUAAAAUUUGCUCUGUUUGAAAGACUCUCAAUUAGGAUGUCAUUGUUAAGCUCAAGAUUAUUGUGGUUGUUAUGAUACAACUUACAGUCCAAAUUAUAUCAAACCAUCAGUUGCAUGAGCGAUUGAACAUCUGAAACGUUUCUUGAUGGUAGCUAUACAAUAUCUUUGUUAAUAGAUGGUAAUUGAUAAUUGAGCUAAACGUUAUUCCAAAUUCCGCUUUUUUGAGCUGACAUUCUGUUUUUAUUAUAUGUUUUCAACAAUAAUGGUACUAG